AUGUCAGCUUUGUUUAGGGAAUUUGAAAAAAGUAUUGACGAGCUGGAGAAGAAGGGAAGAAAACUUGCAGCGUUUAUCUUGGAACCUAUGUUUGUUAUCCCUGGAGUACACCUUCCCCCUGCAUCCUGCAUACAGGCAAUAUUCAGAUGUAUACAGUCCAGGGGUGGACUGGUUAUUGUUGACGAAGUACAGACUGGUUUGGGACGAACUGGUGAUCAUAUGUGGGGCUUUAUGCACUACGAGGUUGUCCCUGACAUUGUUACUAUAGGGAAGCCAAUGGGUAAUGGUUACCCAAUGGGAGGCGUAAUCUGUUCCCAAAAGCUCGCUAACUCCCUUAGAGGAUACUACUCAACCUUUGGAGGAAACCCUGUAUCAUGCUCUAUAGGUUUAUCAGUACUGGAGAUAGUAAACAAUGAGAAGCUGACAACCUCGGCUAAGAUGGUUGGAAAAUUUCUAAAAACUGAAUUUCAAAAAAUCAUGAUCAGUCACCAGAUUUUGGGGGAUUUCCGCGGCCUUGGUCUCCUGUUUUCCUUAGAGAUAGUUGAGUCUAAAACCAGCAAAACACCAGCUCCUGAGCUAGCCACAGAGGCUAUGUAUGGUUUAAAGUUUCACAAUGUGCUGGUUGCAAUCACUGGGCGACAGAAGAAUAUUUUACUCAUCACACCUCCGAUGUGCUUCAACAUUGAAAAUGCAAGACGCCUGUGUAAAAACUUGGACGACGUUUUGCGGACAAUUGAACAAAAUUUAGAAAACAAAUCCGUCAUCGUGGCCAGACCGGGCAUUAAUGUGACCACCAGUCAGAGAUUUAAACGGUCUGCGGAAUUGGAAGGAAACGAAGAAUCUUUAAUCUCGAAACGAAGUCGAGUUUCUGAGUCCGAGGAUAGAUAUAACGAUAUGGAUUAAACAAGAAUUGACGAAAACUUUUUUUGUGCCCUGUUAGUUCAAUUUCUUCAUCUCUCUUAAACUCUUUAAAUAUUAUUUAUGAUUUAAUGACGACCUCUAAUUCGGUGAUCGGCAUAAAUGUUAAAUGUAAAUACUGAAACACAGUUGCAAGUAACCAAUAAACAUUGUUAAUGGAAUUUUUCACAAUAUUAGAAUAAAUAAAAUCAAUACAGUUUA